GUCCAGCAGCACCACCAUGAAGACGUUUGUCGCCAUCGCCGUCGUUGCCCUGAUCGCUGGCUCCCUGGCUCUGACGGUCGAUCAGAAGAAGAAAGCCGAGGGAUACGCGGCCGAGUGCGUAAAGUCGACCGGCGUCCCACCGGAGACGGCCGCCAAGCUGAAGGGUGGAGACUUUGCCGGAGCGGACGACAAGACCAAGUGUUUCGCCAAGUGCUUCCUCGAGAAGGCCGGCUUCAUGACGGACAAGGGCGAAAUCGACGAGAAGACCGUGGUCGAAAAGCUGUCGGUGGACCACGAUAAGGCAAAGGUCGAGGGUCUGGUGAAGAAGUGCAACCGCAAGGAGGCGAACCCGUGCGAGACGGCCUUCAAGGCGUACCAGUGCAUCUACGCCGCCAAGGGUGCGCGAGACGUCCGCCACGACAGCAGCAUGAAGUUCUGCGCCGCUGCGAUUGUUCUGAUCGCCGCGAUCGCAAACGCCGCCGACGACGUGCUACCCGAUCUGAAGGACGUUGGAGAGAUCGCUAACGGCGAAGUGUACGCCCUGCAGUGUUUACUCGAAAGUGGUAUCAAACUGGAAUCGCUCACGGCCGGCGGCCUUGCGGCGAGCGAUUUGAAGGAUUUAGGGAAAGUCAAGUGCAUGGUGAGGUGUUUCUUCGAAAAGACGGGCUUCAUGGACAAGAAUGGAAAGCUCCAGCAGGACGCCAUAGUGGAGCAGUUGUCCCGGUUUACGCCCCGGGAGAAGGUCGAGGAGUUGGUGCGAAAGUGCAACUUCCAGGAGUCGGAUGCGUGCGAUACGGCCUACCGAGUGACGGAGUGUUACUUCCAGAGCAAGGCCGGCCUGUUCUAAGGGUGACGUUGGCGCAUUCCGCAGAGUGAUUGAUUUGUGAUCUUCGAAUCGUUUUAAAUAAAUUCCCACGGCACGACAGCUGAAUCGUGUGAGUUUGAGUGGGGCAUUUGCAAUCCU